AUGAUUGCUUCCCUCGGAAAACCGAGAGAAGAGAUUCCGUAUGAAAAUCGCAAGAAUUUGGCACCUGGUUUGAAAGGAUAUUAUGUUCAUAGACUUUUAGUAAAUGCUGUAGCAAUGUGGGCUUCACCUCGUUAUGCUUGUUAUAUUUUCAUGAUGUUAGAUGAACUAUAUAAAGCAGAACGUGGAGAGAUGGAAAAGAAACUUCAAGCAAAAGAUGAAGUCAUUGAAUCCAAAGACAAAAGCAUACAGAAAAGAAUACCACGUUCAGUACCAAAAGGAAAGGAAAAGAGUUAUAAGUAUAUGAUAUAUACUGAAGAGUUGGAGAAAGAAGAAGAUAAAGAUAUGGUUAUGUUGCAUUUAGUCAGAAGAAACAACAAGAGCUUUUAUGACCUUGCUAAGAUUUACAAAUCUGACAGAAACUGGUUCUAUCGUGAAAACUUACCGAUUUCAAUGACACCGAAUGAGCAAAUAAAGGAAAUUGUCAAAAGUACUCUUCCUCAAACACACUAUGACAUCAAAGGUUGCACAAUACUUACAUUCAAAGAAGACUUACCAUUACUGAAGGAAAAAAUAACAGAAUAUUUCGAUAACUUCAAAGAGGAAGAAUAA